CCUCAACUUGUGGUUUUUGUACAGCAUUUUUCCGGGUGUUACAGUGUUACAGUGCUUGAAAAAUAUAAAUUGCAAAUUGCGAAUUGCAAAUCGUGUAAACACUUGGAAAAAAAUUGAUCACUCACAAUAUAACCGCGAAAAGAGUUUAUUCGUUUGUAUUUGCAAUGAAAGGCAGUUAAUGGUUCCUAGAUUUUCGUUGCCGACGUCGGAUCUCUUAGACAGAUUUAUUAAAACGGCGCAAUCGCCAGAAACCAGCUACGCUUCCCACUGUGCAGCAGACAUAAAUUAAUGAUUCGAUUUCUGCCGGUAUAAAUACAAAGCCGCCCAGUGUUUCAAAUCAAAUAGUUCCAAAUGGAGGAAAUAUCUAGUUCCGAUUCCUUUGGUGCUGACUCCAGUGCAAGGCCCGAAUCUGAAACCUCCAAAUUGGAUGAGGAACAGGAGAAAGCCACAACAACUGUGCAAGACACUCCAACAUCCCCGCCAGCCGAAGAAGACACAACCAUUGACAAUCCGACUGCUGAUGCGACUAACGUUGAAAAGCCUGCAGAGACAUCAAGUGGCCAAGUGGACGAGGAUUUUGAUCAAAUCUCCGAAGGUUCUUUGGACAUGGAUGAGAGCCAAUCUCAGGGCAAAACAGAUGCGGUCGCAAAUGAUGGUGAAGACAAGGAACAGCAGCAGGAUGCGGACACAGAGCCAGCUGCAGCUAAUCCAGAAGACUUAGAUGAAGAGGAGCCUCAGGCUGCAACAGAAGAAGAGCCGGAGGAGCACUGCAAUCUCGAUGCCAGCGGUGAUGCCGAUUCGCUGCAACAACGUGACGCCCUCGAGAGCGUCGAAGGAGAUGAGGAGGAUGCUGGUGAUAAUGAUGCCGUUGAUGGUGCACCGUCCACCUCAAUUGAGGCCAUGGACGUGGACGAUGCUGAAGCUGAGAGUGAGGCGACGGCACCAGCCAAAGCCGCAGACGAUGAGCAGGCUGACGAUGUGGAAAUGCGCUCAGAAGGCAACGAUUCUCGGCAAGAAGACGAAGGAGAUGCUGGCAAAGCCAUUGAUGAAUCAAAUGCGCCCUCAGAGGGCAGAGAUGAAGUGGAUAGAAUAGAGGAGCAGGAGCAAGACGUUUCGGCUGAAACUAGUGCAGCACAGGAGGACGAUGAGCGAGCUGAUGCUGAAGGCGAUGCAGAUCAGCUGGACGAUGCUGCAGAGACAGAGCAGUUAGAUGAUUCUGGCGAAGCUGAAGCAGAACAGUUGGAAGAUGCUGCAGAGGCAGAGCAUGGAGAUGAUACUGUGGAAAAUGUGUUGGAGCCCGAGGAGUCGGAUGUUUGUCUCAUACCCGACGAUCCCGAGACGGAGGUAACCGAGGCCGAAAAGGAGCAGGCACGUGAGAAUGCCGAAAAGGCGGCCGAAGAGGAAGAAGCCGCUGAACAAACACAAGCAGCAGCAGCCUCUUCCAAAUCCCCCGUUGCUGAGACAGACGAAGCAGCCGACGAACACAAUGAAAAGGUGGAUGGAGCAGACGAAGCGAAUGCUUCGACGUCGGACGAAGUGCCAAGAACGCCAAAUGCAGCUGCUCAAGCUGAUAAGUCAGCUGGAGGAAGUGUGUCAGCCUCAGAAGAUGCCAAAGCGGAUGCCGAGGCUAAUGACGAAGAUGCGCCAGAGGCCGAUGCUCCGGAUGCGGAUGAGCCAACGGCCGAGGAGGCAUCCAGUGCGGCCGCUGGCGAAGCAGGCGGAUCAGCCAAAAUCAUCAUCAGCUGGAUUGUUGCAAGCACUCACAAGUGUCGACAAUGUGAUGCCGAGAAAAGCUGCGGUUACCGCUUCAAAAAUUCAGAAGUAACAGCUAACGAGGAGGCGGAUGCGGACAACGAAGAAGCGGCAGAUGCAACAGCAGCAGCAGGAAGCUUUGAGUAUCUGUGUGAUCAGGCUUGCUGUGAUGCGCUGUUGGCCGAUCAGCCGGGCAAAUUCUUUUUGCGGCGCAAAAAGUUUCUGGUCGAGGAGGUCAGCAGUCAGCAAGAAGGACGCGGCGACGAUGAUGAACCAGCCGCUGACGCAGCUGAUGAGGAGACUCCAGCGACGGCUGAUGAAUCGGAAACAACGACGACAGGCAAACUUAAUGAUUGUCUGCAGUGCAAAGAGCAAAAGAAUUGCAAAUACUUUUUGCGCCAGGACCAGGACACGUUUUACAUAUGCAACGAUGAUUGCUACAAUCUGUUGAAUGCCGAGGAGCCGGAUAAAUUCAAAUUGAAGCGUCACUCGAUACGAGUACGAAAUAUUGGCGCAACCACGAUACGUUCGCCCAGCAAAAAACCCGAAUCCUCCAAUGUGGUGGCACGCACCAAUGCAGAAGCAGAAGCGGCGCGUCUCGAUCGCAUCGAAAGCUUUCGACGUCGCUGCGCCGACUGUGAGCAGGAGAUUAAUGUGAGCGAAAAGCAACUUAUCUGGGAGACGAUGGACUUUUGCAAUGAGAUCUGUUUGGGCAGCUAUCAGCGUUCCUUUGGCGGCAACUGUGAGACCUGCAAGCAGGAGGUGAGCUCCAUAGCGCUUGGCAAAUACUGUGUUCGUUUUGGCUUCGAGGUGCGACAAUUUUGCUGUGCCGCAUGUCUUAACACCUACAAGAAGGGCCUGAAGACGUGCUCGUGUUGCCAGAAGGACAUAAGCAGCGGUCAGGAGGGUUUCUUAGCGCCCGUGGGCGAUAAGGAUCAGUUCAAAGACUUCUGUUCGCAAGCCUGCCUGCGACGUUACGACAAUAUGUGCAAUCCCCGCAAGAAACUGCGCAACGAAAUGUGCGGCGUUUGCAACAAUGAAAAACCGGUGCGCGUGGAAAUGUUGCUGGACGAUAAGGAGCAUUAUUUCUGCUCGAAUCCCUGCUUCUCGGCGUUCAAGUUUGUCAGCAACGUGAAUGCGGAUCCCUGCGCCAUGUGUUGCAAAUACUUUGAACGCAAAACCGCCGAUGCAUACACCAUCUACAACACCGAUAGGCAUUCGCCGAAAAUGUUCUGCUCCCGGAUCUGCAUUAACGUGUACAUUAUCGUGAAUCGACAUAUUGUGUCGUGUCAAUGGUGCAAGGUGAAAAAGUACAAUUUCGAUAUGAUCUAUAAGGUGCAAGGAGAUGUGGAAACACUCACCUGCUCAAUCAAUUGCCUCACCAUGCAUGGCGUCAGUUGCAACAUUUCUGCUCGUGCCGUCACCAAGUGCGACAAUUGCAGCAACGCGAGCACUCCACAGUAUCACUUGACCAUGUCGGAUGCAUCGAUGCGCAAUUUUUGUACAUAUCAGUGUGUGAUGCAGUUUCAAAAUCAAUUUGCGCGCGCUCCUUUGACGCUAGACAGCGAUUUGCCAUCGACGUCAGCGAGCAAGUCAUCGCAGCAACAGUCGUCGCCGUCACGUGCCAGCAAUAAGAAUGCAGCACCGUUUCCCACUGGAUUGCCUAAGCGUGUCAAAUUAAAAUUAGCACAACCGUCCGGUGUUAAGAAUAAUGCCACGGCUGGCAAGAAGACAGCCGGCGGCACCGUUGUACCCGUCAUUUCGACGGUGCAAUCUUUGGCAAGCGGCGAAACGGAAGCGCGCAUUGGCAGUGUGACAGUACGCCGUAAACGUGGACGCAAGCCGGAUUCGCCGCCGCCACUGGCGAUGAGCAGCAUGGCAUCGCCCGCUACAUCCACAGUGGCCACCGGUGAGGUUCGCGGACGUGGACGACCGCGCAAGCACGUGGAUUAUAGCGUUGCUCGUUCACCAUCGCCUCCACGCAUGCUCAUGAGCAGCAGCGUACCGAGCAGCAACGAGUUCAACCCGCCGGCCAUCACAGAAACCAAGAUCAUUACGGUGCCGCCAUAUCCGAAGGCUGUGCGCAAUGUGAACAUCAGCUGUAAACCGAUGACCGUCUCCCAAGGGGAGCAGUGCACGCCGUCCGUGCGCGAUUGCGCAACACAAACGGAAAAGGAUUAUUCAAACAAGGUGCUGAUACCGGUGCCGGUGCCUAUAUUUGUUCCACAACCGAUGUACAUGUAUUCGGCACCGUUCCCGGUGCCCGUGCCCAUUCCGCUGCCAAUACCGGUGCCCAUCUUUAUACCAACAACACGCAACACCUCCCAGGGCAUAUUGAAAGAGAUUAAAAAGAUACAGGAUAAAAUGCCUGAGGAUCCGUUGGAAGCUGAGCUCCUGAUGAUGGCCGAAAUGGUGGCGGAGGAGAAACAUGAUUCAGAUUCCGAUUCGGACAAUGAAAUUAAACCGGAUCCAGGUCUAGUGACGAUGCAAUAUCAAAACAGUUUGGAGCAACAGCAGCAGCAGCAGCAACAACAACAGCAGCAACAAGUGGUUGACGUGAGUGCGGCCAGUCAUAAUCCCUAUGGUGAUGAUAUGCUGCAGAUCGCGCUUAAAAUGGCAACCGGCGACUAUGAUAAUCAUCAUCAGACCACAACAGUGGAUCUGGAGUCAACGAUGACAACCAACACGAUAUCAAAUCAAUCGCCAAUGGGUCAUGACAUGGGCCAAAUGGGAGUGCAUCAUCUGGACCAGCAACAUCACAUGCUGGAUGCGACGCAACGUUCACCGCGUGGUCGUAAACGAGGUGGUGGCAACAUUGCUGUUAUGGAUUCCCCAUCAAGGAACAGUCGGUCGCCCGUGAAGAGACAACGGGGUAGCGAAAUGGAUCACUCGGCGCUGCAGCAACAGUCACAGCAAGCGCAACAACCGCAGGAGAAGCCCGACGCACAAAUGUUCCUCAAGUACACGUUCGGUGUAAAUGCCUGGAAGCAGUGGGUGAUGACCAAGAAUGCGGACAUUGAGAAGAGUUCGAUGCGUCGUCGUCCGUUUAAAACGGAGCUGCUGCAAAUGACAGCUGACGAGUUAAAUUAUUCACUCUGCCUGUUUGUUAAGGAGGUGCGCAAACCCAAUGGCACCGAGUAUGCGCCCGACACCAUAUAUUAUCUUGUGCUGGGCAUUCAACAAUAUCUGUAUGUAAAUGGUCGCAUUGAUAACAUCUUCUAUGAUCCAUAUUAUGAACGCUUUACGGAGUGUUUGGACGAAGUGGCGCGAAAGUUUUCCGUACUCUACAAUGAUUCACAAUACAUUGUGACGCGCGUCGAGGAGGAGCAUUUGUGGGAAUGCAAGCAACUUGGUGCCCAUUCACCGCAUGUGCUGCUCAGCACGCUAAUGUUCUUCAAUACGAAGCAUUUCAAUUUAACUACCGUUGAGGAGCACAUGCAAUUAUCUUUCUCGCACAUUAUGAAGCAUUGGAAACGCUCAUCGCAGAACUCCAAAGUUCCCGGCACGCGGAACGUCUUGCUACGCUUCUAUCCACCGCAGGCGGGACUGGAUGCCAAUCCGCGCAAGAAAAAGGUCUAUGAACAGCAGGAAAACGAAGAGAAUCCACUGCGCUGUCCUGUGCGUUUAUACGAAUUCUAUCUAUCGAAAUGUCCGGAAAGUGUAAAGACGCGCAACGAUGUUUUCUACUUGCAACCAGAAAGAUCUUGUGUGCCCGAUUCACCCGUUUGGUACUCCACACAGGCGCUUAGCCAGGAUGCCCUACAGCGAAUGCUGCAUCGAGUGAAGAUGGUUAAGGAAAUCAACAUAGCGCUAUUGACAACUUAAUGUAUAGACCGACGAUACACGAGACAUUUACAAAAACAAAUUACAACUUUUGGUGCUAAGCACAAACUUGUUUGCGGGCAAAAUCACCAAACAUACAAAAAUUAAUGAAAAGCUUACAAGAAAACAAAAAUACCAGCUAUACUAAAAGAAGAGCGCCUGUAAAACGACUCCAAAAUUUUGAUGAUUUUUUCACUCAUUAUUUUUGGAAGUAGUAGAUACGUAAACCGUUAAUCAACUAAAUUAAUGAAUUGUUUAUAAAAAGAUACACAAAUUAAAUAUGUGCAAAAAUAAUAAUACCACAAUAUUAGGACUUGUAUAGAAUUAUGAAUUAAAAUGUAAUUUUACCGUAAAUCAUCUACAUUUAUCGAAGAUCACAUCUAACAAUCAGAAACUGCAUGCACAGACACACAUAAUACAUAAUUGAUUAGUUUUAGUUAAAUAAGUGCACAUCGACGAUGACGAUGACGAUUGAGUUUAGUCAUUUAUUUAGAAUGUUUAGUCAUAAGCUGGUAAGCAAAUUGAGCAAAUCACUGUCCAAGCUGGCAGCUCUAGGGGAAGAGUGGUGUGGAGUCGUUUUUGGGCGCACAUUGUAUGUAUAUUGAAUAUAAUCCUAAAUGAAAAAUAAACUAUACAGAUACAGUGUACAUAGAGCAUAACAACAAACAUGUAACAAUUUAGCCAUUGUCGCGCUGUUCUUCUAUAGGUGUUUUAUUUGUAAAAUGCUGUACUCCUUAAUUAACAAAUAAUUUUAAAUAUACAAUAUACAUGUAUUUUACAGCCUAUAUAUGCAAUUUUAUAAUAUUUCACACGGGUCCUUGGAAAUGUGGGGAUAACAGCAAAUAUUAAAAUAAGAUUUUUUUUGCGGUUAGUUGCAUUACAAAAUUUCCGUUUUUAUUGACAUUAAAUAUGCAGCAGUGUAAUUAAUACAUAAAUUACGAUUACAAGUUGUUAAAUUGAAACACCACUCAACAUGACUCAGUACAAAUAGUUCGAUACAAUAUUUUUGCUAUACCCAAACAAUUAACUUGGCCAUUGGAUAUUCUGUUGUUUGGUGCUUUUGGUUAUUAUGGGAUGAUGAUCUGAUCAAAUGGGGUGCAAGAAACGUGGUGGUGGCGACGGAGGAAAAAACUCUGGCGGCUGUGGUGAUACGCAGUGUCGCAACCCACAAGUUGCCACCCAUUGAGGAAGGCCAAAAACAAACUGUCUGAAGAUAAUUUGUUUCGGGAUAUUCUGUUGUUUGGUGUUUUUGGUUAGCUGCCAUCUAUUGGUCACGACGUUAUUAUGGGAUGAUGAUCUGAUCAGAUGGGGUGCAAGUAACGUGGU